UCAGACCUUACCUCCCCACUGAGCCAGCUCCGCCAGGCAGGGCCGGGAGGGAGUGGGACAGAUUCUGGGAGUGCAGCGGGGAGGAGUCCUGGCUGGCUGAGCGCGUAGCUACUUGGCAGUGCCAGAGCCCAGGUUCCAGAGCCCCGCAGGAGAGGAGGUGGACCAAGAAGGCGCUGCGAGGUGUGAGGCGGUGAGAUGGCGGACUCCUACACGGAGCUGGAGAAGGCGGUGGUCGUCCUGGUGGAAAACUUCUACAAAUACGUGUCCAAGAACAGCCUGGUCAAGAACAAGAUCAGCAAGAGCAGCUUCCGGAAGAUGCUUCAGAAGGAGCUCAACCACAUGCUGACGGACACGGGGAACCGAAGGGCUGCUGACAAGCUCAUCCAGAACCUGGACGCCAACCAUGACGGGUGCAUCAGCUUCGACGAGUACUGGAUCUUGAUAGGCGGCAUCACUAGCCCCAUCGCCAACCUUAUCCGCCAGCAGGAGCAGCAGAGCAGCAGCUAGAGGACCCUCCCACCGUCCCCUCCCCCGAUGCUCUUCCUAGGCUCCCUCCUCAGCCUCCUCUGCCCACCCAGACCCCUGUCCUCUCUUCUCCCUCUAGACCUUCUCCUGACCAUUGCUGAACACGGCAAGGGGGGACGUCAGGGCCCCUUUGUGAGUGUCUCAGUCUGGGGGUGUCUCCCUGAGGGUCUCAGUCCCUGGAGCCAGCAGACCCUGGGGCCCCUCUGUGACAGUGCUGUAUGGGGACCCAAGAGUUUCCCCACCUGUUCAGUCCAUCUACCCUUCUGACCUCUGAUGUUCCUGCCUGAUUCCGGGUCUCUCCUGACCUUAGAGGUCAGCUUGCUGCUUCAGGUCUCCCCGCUCCUGGCAACACCAGCAGAGACUCCUCUCUCCCCUUUCCCUCAGCCCCUCUGCUGGGUAGAGGAGACUUCCAGGGAUUGCCCUCCAGCUGCCUCUGGGUCUGGGAACAGGGUGGAGCCCCCUCCCUCCUGAGCCACUGAAAUGGGCAACAAAGGCUGGAUUUGGAGUUUGUGUCCCCCUCACCCAGUCCCUUUGUAAUGUUCAUUAAAACCCUUCCACUCCUUGGAACUUC